AUGGCCGAGAACAGUAUUCCCAAGACCCAGACGGCUGCAAUAGUCCGGAGGCAAGGCGGCCCUGUCGAAUUCGAUGACGGUUACCCAGUCAGUCUGCCCGGGGAAGACGAGAUCUUGGUGAAGGUCUUGUACACUGGUGUCUGCCAAAGUGAUCUCCAUACCAAAGCUGGAACUGCUACUGGCGCCGAUGGUCUCCCUAUUACGAACAUUAAACUGCCUCAUGUAGGCGGACACGAAGGAGUCGGGCGAGUUGUCGCAUUCGGUCCCAACUUGUCUCCGAAUGAGAGACUCCAGCUAGGCACUCUCGUGGGCAUCCGCUUUGCUUCGCGAGUAUGCCACCAAUGUGAGUACUGUACUUCUGGCCGCGACCAGCACUGCACCAGCGCAACAAAUCAUUUGCACCAUGAAGAUGGCAGCUUCCAGCAAUACUGUGUGCUCGACACCAAGUAUUUGACCGAGUUGCCUCAAGACAUUGAUCCAAAGGUCGCUGGACCUGCUCUCUGUGCUGGGGUGACCGCAUACAAGGCUGUCAAAAACGCAAAUUUGAAACAAGGAGAAUGGCUCACAGUCAUCGGAGCAGGUGGCGGGUUAGGCCACUUCGCAGUGCAAUACGGCCUUGCUCUAGGUGCAAGAGUGGUCGGGGUCGAUGCAGGGACCGAGAAGCAGCAAUUUGUGGAGUCUCUCGGGGCCAGGUAUGUCGACUUCUCAAGGUGCAAGGACCUUCCAGAGGAGAUCGUGAACAUUACUGGCGGGGGUUCACAUGCCGUUGUCGUCACAAGCGGCCACCCUCUUGCCUUCAGAGGGCUGGCUGAUAUGAUUAGGAUUGGUGGGUCUUUAUGCACGGUGGGGAUACCUCCUGGGGACGUGCGUCUCGACACCCCGGUGGCUACCAUCGUCAUCCGAGGACUCAAGAUCCAAGGGAAUCUAGUAGGAUCCUUGAAAGAAACACUCGAGGCCGUGGAAUUUGUUCGGAAUGGGAAAGUCAAACCGCAUGUCCAAGUGCGACCUUUCAGGGACCUGCCAGAGGUGUAUCAGCUCCUUGAAAAGGGAGAUGUGCCUGGCCGAAUCGUGCUGGAGCUGUAG